GUGAAAGAGCAAACAGUACUAGCCAGCAAGCUCCGGGUUCCUGCCGCCUGCAGUUCGUAACCUGGUGUUGCCUGGAUCAAGGAAAGUGCAACUGACCCUGCAGCUGGACCUCUUAAGUGAUCUUUGGGGGCCACUGUGCAGGUCCUGAGUUGUGACUGAGCUUCUUCCCCUCUUGCAGGAAGAUACAUCCCUGGGAGCUUCAGGCCAUAGGCUUGUACUGUUGGGGUAGAAAAAAAAGGAAACAAAGCAAACAAGCCAAGAAGAAAAACAUGAGUCUGGAAGCUAAGUACCGUGCAGCUUCCCUGUAUGUAGGCGACCUCCACGAAGAUGUCACGGAGGACGUGCUGUUCAGGAAGUUCAGCACAGUGGGACCGGUGUUGUCCAUCCGAAUCUGCCGGGACCUGAUUUCCCAACGUUCACUAGGCUAUGCCUAUGUGAAUUUUCUGCAGGUGAAUGAUGCUCAGAAGGCCCUAGACACCAUGAACUUUGAUGUGAUCAACGGUAAAUCUAUCCGUCUCAUGUGGUCUCAACCGGAUGCUUGCCUGAGAAAAUCGGGAAUUGGGAAUGUGUUUAUCAAGAAUCUGGACAAAUCCAUUGAUAACAAAACCUUGUAUGAACACUUCUCACCUUUUGGAAUGAUCAUGUCCUCCAAGGUGAUGACUGAUGAAGAAGGCUCCAAGGGCUAUGGCUUCGUGCACUACCAGGACCAGAGAGCAGCGGACAGGGCCAUUGAGGAGAUGAAUGGGAAGCUGCUGAGGGAGAGCACAUUGUUCGUGGCCAGAUUCAAAAGCCGUAAGGAUCGGGAGGCUGAGCUCAGAGACAAACCCACCUUUUUCACUAAUGUAUAUAUCAAAAACUUUGGAGAUGACAUAGAUGAUGAGAAGCUCAGGGAAGUUUUCAGCAAAUAUGGCCAUACUUUGAGUGUUAAGGUGAUGAAAGAUGCCACUGGGAAGUCCAAAGGCUUUGGAUUUGUGAGUUUUGAUAGCCAUGAGGCUGCGAAAAACGCAGUUGAAGACAUGAACGGACAGGACAUAAACGGGCAGACGGUUUUUGUAGGCAGAGCCCAGAAGAAGGUAGAACGGCAGGCUGAGUUAAAGGAAAUGUUUGAGCAGAUGAAACAGGAAAGGAUCCGUGCACGUCAGGCAGCUAAGCUCUACAUUAAGAACCUGGAUGACACCAUUGAUGAUGAAACACUGCGCAAGGAGUUUUCUGCUUUUGGGUCCAUUUGCAGAGUUAAAGUGAUGCAGGAAGCAGGGCAGAGCAAAGGCUUUGGCUUGAUCUGCUUCUUCUCUCCGGAGGCAGCAGCUAAAGCAAUGGCUGAGAUGAACGGCCGCAUCCUUGGCUCCAAACCCCUCAACAUUGCACUGGGUCAGAAGCACUGAGCCCAACAUGAUCCUACCUCUCAAUCCGAGCAGCAGCUAGGAGAACAAUACUGUUCUCCAUCUUUCAGGUGCUAUAAGGAAGGGUAAUCUUCAAAACCCUGUGACUUCUUAAUUCAUUGCAAUUGUGCAACGAAGUGUAUACACAAAAAGAUUUCCUUUUAUGUGAAUGUAAAGUGUGCAUUAGAAACUUGUUUUUUUUUUUCUUUUUACAAGGCAUAUCUUCAAUUUCUUUUUUAAAAAUCUUAUUUUCUACUAUUUAGAACUAUUUAGUUGGUUACAUUUAUAUUAUAUUUUGAAUUAAGUGAAGUAAAUACUUGUAUCUAUUGAAUAUUUUCUUUCAGGUUAAUAUCUUGUGAUACUAUGUGUGUUAAUAUCUAAUUUCUCCUAUAAAAAUUGUCCACGACAAAUUCAAUUUUUUUAAAACUAACAGUAAUCUUAACAUAAUUUUGUUGGCAAUUGAAAAUGUAGAAAUUGGAAGAUAGAAUCCAGCUAAAUCACAUAUUUCAUUUCUAGAUUAAUUCCUCCAAACCAAAGUUCUAAUAUACAUGCAUGCACAUUUACUGGUGUAUUUGGUUUUAUUCUAUUUUAAGAUGCUGUUAGAGCUUUCUGGGGUUUUGUUUUGUUUUGCUUCUUACACUUUUUUUGUGUGUUUACUGUAAUCUGCUUUUUUUUAAAAAAUGUGUAAUUUUACUUCUAUAGUAAAGCCUUACUUUUUCUACUUCCUUAUGUUAUAUACAUCCAUCUAUGCUGUUUAUGGACAUUUAACUUCAUCUUAAAUAGCAUUACACCCAUGUGGUUCAAUGUGAUGUAGUUUUAUGUUUUUCACUAGAUGCUGAUGUUAUGAAAGUCAUAUCUAUGCAACUGAGAAACUCCUUAUAAUGUCAAAAUUGAAAAAAAAUCUUCAUGCUAUGUUUUAAUAAUCUAUCCCGGUGUUCAGAAUGUAAGUGCCUUAUUUUUAUAAAUCUCCACCUCCUUUUAUUAGAUUGUGUUAGCUCUUGAAUUUGCUUAUGUUGCCCUUGGUCUUGGCUGGUAUUCCAACAAACAUGAAGUUAUGUUACUUGCUGUGUGUUUUAGCAUGUGUUUUAUUUUGACACUCUUCCCACAUGUUGUCUCUAUUCUGUCCAUAAAUUUUAGCUCAUUUUUACACAGUUUUACAAAGACACUGUCAUAUUGGCUUUUCGUAUGAACUACCUCAAAUCUAUUUGAAAUAAGAGGUAAGAGUUAUUUACUUAGAACUUACUCAUUAUCUUAAACAUGUUACCAAAGGUUUGAAAACCCAUGUUGUUUCUGCUGCUUUCCAUUAGUUCUGAUUCUUUUGUUCUUCUCCAUUUUUGAUUAUUUGGCCAUUUCUUAUUACAACUUUUAAAUUCAUGUAUUACAAAUACAUUUCUUUUCUUAAUAUUUUAUGAGAAAAGUUUCAUUUUCUGUUUAUAAGUUAUAUACUUUGCAUGUUUUUCUAAUCUCAAUGAGAAAAGAAAAGUAAAAAAAGUAAAAGUAAAAAAAGUAUUUUUAGAAACACAUUCUGCUAAAAUCGGCUGCAUAUGUCCGUAACUUUUUUUGUGUACACUAGGAGCUGAUUUAGGAAAGUUGACAUCAUCAAUUUUGUUUGACAUUUUUGUUUUGGAUUUGAUGUUGUCUGAAGCUCAAAUGUGACUUACUCAAGGAGCGAUCUUCCUAUUAUGUAAGUGAUUUUGACUUUGGCCAGUGCUUUUUGCAUUAUUCCUAAACUCUUGGGAAAUAUGGAUGUCUUUGCAGUGCUUCUCCUGAUCUUGUCUUCUGCCAAGAUAACUUGAACUCACGCGUUCUUCCUAACUACUACUGAUGUGCUAAGUAUUCU